AUGACGAAUAAACGAAAAUUGAAAACUUUGACUCUUCGUGAUAAAGUAGAUGUUAUUCAAGCAGUGAUACGUGGUACAAAAAGGAAAGAAAUAUCUGAUCAAUAUGGAUUUCCAGCAAGUACUUUAUCAACGAUUUUAAAAAAUGAGUCUGAUAUUUUGUCAAGGUUUGAAACAAGUUAUAACUUAACGUGUAAGAGACAACGCCUAGCAGAAUUUCCUGAUAUAGAAGAGUGUUUGUUAACAUGGUUCAAGCAGUGUCGUGAAAAAAACCUUAGUAUAAGUGGGACAAUAUUACGUGAAAAAGCAGAAGAAUUUUCAAAAUCAUUGGGACACAAUUCAUUUAGAGCAAGCAAUGGUUGGUUGGGUAAUUUCAAAAAGUGCCAUGAACUUGUGUUUAGAAAACUUUGCGGAGAAAGUGCUAGUAUAAAUACUGAGGUAUGUGAAGAAUGGAUAUCAGAGUUACUAAGUUUGUUAAAGGAUUAUGAACCAAGGGACAUAUUUAAUGCAGACGAGACUGGUUUGUUUUUUAAAUGUUUACCUGAUAAAACGCUUCUUUUCAAAGAUGAAAAAUGUCACGGUGGAAAACAUAGUAAGGAAAGAUUAACUGUAUUGCUUGCAACUAAUAUGACGGGUACUGAAAAGCUUAAGCUUUUGGUCCUAGGCAAAGCUAAAAAACCCCGCUGUUUCAGUGGAUGUAAAUCAUUGCCGGUUGAUUAUGAUGCCAAUAAAAAAGCUUGGAUGACAGCUGACAUAUUUAAACAGUGGCUUAUUAAAAUUGAUAAAAAGAUGAUUAGGGAAAAGCGAAACAUUUUACUUUUCAUAGAUAAUUGUAUUGCACAUAAUGUUAUUCUAUUAUUAAAGGCUGUCAAAGUUAAAAAAGAAAUUGUCAAAAAACUUAUAACUGAUAUAAAGCAAAAAACUGUGUCCCCCAUAAACGUCUUGCAUGCAAUUAGAAUGAUUGAUAAAGCUUGGAGAAAUGUAUCAGAAAAUACAAUAGUAAAUUGUUUCAGAAGGUGUGGAUUUACAACAACACAAGAAGAAGAACUGACACAAUUAACCUUGAAAACAACACGUGAUGAUAUAACAUUAGAAGAGUGGCAUAAACUACCUACUGUAGACGUUCAGUUUGAAGAUUAUGUAUCGUGUGAUGCAGAUAUCGCUACGGCUGGAACCUUGACCGACGAGAAAAUUAUUGAUUUGUUUAAUCAAAACCAGGACCACGAUGGCGAUGACGCUGAUGAUGAAGAUUUGGGUACUGAACCAACUGUAUCAAAUACACAGGCUCAAGAGGCAAUAAAGAAUUUACGAAUCUACAUCGAAAGAUGUAAUAAUGUCGAUGAUCGAAUAUUUGAUGCUUUGGCGCCACUGGAUUUUUGGACUCAGUAUCCAGAAACUGGACCAGAACAUGGAGUAUUAGGUCAGGGUCGUGAGAGAUUGCUGGAAGGAAACUAA